AUGCUGUGCAGCCUCGGCGCGGCGCUGCAGGUGCCCUACACGACGUACGCCUGCGAGAACCGUCGCUGCGUGCCCCAGCCGCGCACGCUGACGCACCAAGCAAGCCACACGAGCCUCCGCCUCUGCGAAAUGACGUGCGGCGCCGGGAACCUCUGGCCGCAACCCACGUCUUCGGCGAUCGCGGCGACAACGAUGGCCGUGAGUGUUGACGAUGUCCAGCACAGCGUGUCGUUUGGCGCGGGCGACGCAGUGCCGUCGCACCUCGUGCGCGGCAUGCAGCAGAUCUUUGACAACGCGCUCGCGCUCAAGGCCACCGAGUGCGCAUUUGUGGCCGUCGACAGCGUCGGGCUCGUUGUCGACGCGGCGAUCGCCUCCGCGUCCGAGACGCUGUCGCUCGAGACGGACGAGUCGUAUACGCUGCGCAUCGGGAAUGGCACGGCGGUCAUCACGGCGGCCACGAUCUACGGCUACCGCCACGCACUCGUGACGCUGACGCAGCUCAUCGAGUACGAUGAGCUGUCGCACGCUAUGCACAUGGCGUCAAGCGCGAGCAUCAUUGACGGACCCGCCUACCGCCACCGCGGCGUCGUGCUGGACACGAGCCGGCAGUACUACUCGGUGGCCGCGAUUCGCCGGCUCCUCGACGGUAUGGGGGCGACCAAGCUCAAUACAUUCCACUGGCACUUUACCGAUACGGCGAGCUUUCCCGUCGAGAUCAAGGGCGAGCCGCGGCUUACUUCGUACGGCGCCCUCCACCCGCGACAGAUUUAUACGCAACCCGCCAUCCGCGAGCUCGUGGCCUACGCCAAAGCCCGCGGCGUCCGCGUGAUUCCUGAAGUCGACGCGCCGUCGCAUGCUGGCGCGGGGUGGCAGUGGGGCGUCGAUGCCGGUCUCGGCGAACUCGGCGUGUGCUUUGGCCACAACCCGUGGUACGACGCGUGCGUGGAGCCGCCGUGCGGCCAGCUCAACCCGUUCAACGACCACGUCUACGACAUUUUGAAAACGGUCUACUCGGAGCUUCACGGACUCUUUGAUGCCGACGUGUUUCACAUGGGCGGCGACGAAGUGCAUCUCGGCUGCUGGAACAUGACCAAAGCCGUGACGGACCACAUGAGUUCGGAUCGGUCGCCCGACGCCUUUUACCACAUCUGGGGCGCGUUUCAGAAACGAGCCCGGUCGCUGGUGGACGCGCACAAGAAGAUUGCCAUUUGGACAAGCGACCUCACCAAUGCCCCGUAUCUGCGCUCGUACUUUGAGCCUGGGAAUACGAUUGUCCAGAUGUGGACGCGCUCGAACGCAGGCGAUGCGGCCAAGUUGACUGCCCAAGGCUACGAAGUCGUUGCGUCCUACUACGACGCAUACUACCUCGACUGCGGUUUUGGCAACUGGCUCAGAAAGGGCGAUGACUGGUGCCACCCGUACCACCACUGGAGUGUGCUUUACGACCUGGACUUGGUCCAGCAUGUGCCAGUGUCCCAGCGGCGGCUCGUCCUCGGCGGCGAAGUCGCGCUCUGGUCGGAAGAAGUCGACGAGGCGACCAUGGACGCCAAGAUCUGGCCACGCGCGGCGGCGGCGGCCGAGCGCUGGUGGACCAACCCGAGAAACGCAACGACCUGGAAGGACGCGAUCGACCGCCUCCGCAUCCAGCGCGACCGCCUCGUCGAGAUGGGGUUGCAGGCCGACGCGAUCCAACCGCACUGGUGCCGCCUCCACCCGGGCGAGUGCACUCUCCUCCCCUAGUCGCACUUACAGAGCAGCUACAUACCGG